AUGCGAUGUAUGAUUGGGGCGGAUAAGCAAUCUGUUGUAUUUCUCACCGACUGCUCUGACCUAGUGAAGAUGGUGUCUUCACCUGCUGAGUGGCCAGCUUUUACGCCUUAUCUGGAGGACAUACAGGCGGAUAGAGAGGAGUUUGAUUCGUUUGCCUUGGUCUAUGUUCCCCGCUCUCAGAAUGACCGGUUUAGAUUCCCUGGUGGUGGAACUAUGUUUCCCCGUGGAGCUGAUGCUUAUAUUGAUGACAUUGCUAGGCUCAUUCCUCUUACUGAUGGUGGAAUCAGAACAGCUAUUGACACUGGCUGUGGUGUUGCGAGUUUUGGUGCUUACCUCUUGAAAAGAGACAUUAUGGCUGUGUCUUUUGCUCCAAGAGACACUCAUGAAGCUCAGGUCCAGUUUGCUUUAGAACGUGGAGUUCCUGCAAUAAUCGGUAUUAUGGGAUCAAGAAGACUUCCUUAUCCAGCUAGAGCUUUUGAUCUUGCUCAUUGCUCUCGUUGUUUGAUCCCUUGGUUUAAAAAUAAUGGUUUGUACCUGACUGAGGUUGACAGAGUUUUAAGACCAGGUGGUUACUGGAUCCUGUCCGGACCACCAAUUAACUGGAAACAAUAUUGGAGAGGCUGGGAGAGAACAGAGGAGGAUCUGAAGAAAGAACAAGAUUCAAUAGAAGAUGUAGCAAAGAGUCUUUGUUGGAAGAAAGUGACUGAAAAAGGUGACUUGUCCAUUUGGCAAAAGCCUCUCAAUCACAUUGACUGUAAAAACCUCAAACAAAAUAAGAAAUCGCCUCCGAUAUGCAGCUCAGAUAACGGCGAUUUCGCUUGGUACAAAGACUUGGAAUCUUGCAUAACACCAUUACCAGAAACAAGCAAUCCAGAUGAAUAUGCAGGCGGUGCGCUCGAGGAUUGGCCAGACCGAGCAUUUGCGGUACCUCCAAGAAUCAUCAGAGGAACGAUACCAGACAUGAACGCUGAGAAGUUCAGAGAAGACAACGAGGUUUGGAAAGAGAGAAUAGCGCAUUACAAGAAGAUAAUCCCCGAGCUUUCACAUGGAAGAUUCAGGAACAUAAUGGACAUGAACGCUUUCCUAGGUGGAUUCGCUGCUUCCAUGCUGAAAUAUCCAUCAUGGGUCAUGAACGUUGUCCCGGUGGAUGCAGAGAAACAAACGUUAGGUGUGAUAUACGAGCGUGGACUGAUAGGAACGUAUCAAGAUUGGUGUGAAGGGUUCUCAACGUAUCCAAGAACUUAUGAUAUGAUUCAUGCAGGAGGAUUGUUCAGCUUAUACGGACAUAGGUGUGAUUUGACGUUGAUACUGUUGGAGAUGGAUCGGAUACUGAGACCAGAAGGAACAGAUGUGUUGAGAGAUAAUGUGGAGAUGUUGAAUAAGGUAGACAAGAUAGUGAAGGGAAUGAAGUGGAAGAGUCAAAUAGUGGAUCAUGAGAAAGGUUCGUCUAAUCCUGAGAAGAUACUUGUUGCUGUUAAAACUUAUUGGACUGGUCAACCUUCUAACAAGAACAACAACGACAACAACAACAACAACUAGUGUUCCAAAUUCUCUUCACUCUCUUUUUCUGUUGUUGUUUUUAUCUUUUUCUUCACGAAAAUUAUCUGAUUUUUUUUUUUUUCUUUUUUUUUUCUUCUAAAUCAUGUUUUAUGACUAUUAGGUUUUAGACU